AUGGUUUGGGGCGGUCGUCAACAGGAUGAACCUCAGUCUCCCCCGCAGGAGCUGUUGGAUAAGCCUGUGGUCCGAGAGAAGCUCCCCGCAAAAUUGCAACAACUGGUUGACAGCGAGGACGAAUUAUACGAUGACCUCUAUUCCCAAUACUCGGUCAACUCUACAGACACACCGUUCCGUUAUGCCGCAUACGCCAAUCGCAUCCGCACGAUCCUUCUGUCCGCCCAUCGCUAUGUCGCCUACACCUCAGACAUCGGCGAGUCCUUCCGUCCGAUCGCACACCCAUGGCUUGUACGGUCUGCCUACGCUAUCUCCUGGUCAUACCUGCUUGGCGAUGUUGGCCACGAAGGCUACAAGGCUUAUCUCCGGAACUGGAACGCACUAGCUCCCACAGGCGAGACAUACAAGGAUGCUACACAGCCUUCGCAGAACCAGAUUAUCAAGGGCAUGAUGACGGGGAACAUGACGAUUGGCAACUCAGCCGAUUCCAAGGAUGAGCAACCAAACUGGCCGACCCCCGAGAUCCCGCUUGCGGAGGACUACCGCAUGGUCAUGGCCAAGCGUGCGGUAUUCCAGAGUAUCGCAAGUAUGGGAUUGCCCGCAUUCACAAUCCACAGUGUAGUCCGCUAUUCUGGGAAGAUGGUUAAGGACGUCAAGGUUGCGUUUAUUCGUACCUGGACGCCGGUCGGGCUUGGUCUCGCUGUUGUCCCCUUCCUCCCCUACAUCUUCGAUCACCCCGUCGACGAGGCCGUUGAAUGGGUCUUCCGCACUGGCCUUCGUGCCUACGGCGGCGAAGCAGCCGUCCGCCCACUGCCAGGCAAGAGCCUCCCUCCCCGGGAAGAGGAGGAAGUCCGUGCUGCUGCAGCGGCAAAUCUCUCCUGGGAUGAGUAUAAGGCUGAGCGGGAGCGAGCGCGUGAUCUCCGUCGCCAUUCAACUGAGCGGGCCGCCAGUGGUGGGAUUGUAUCGCUGACGAGCUGGUUUGGAAAGUCUGAAUCGGAGUCGGAUAAGAAGAAGAAAGAAUGA